UCAUUAAAGGUGGCCAAAUUCUACCUGAAGGGUGAUUUCAAGGUAAGCAACCGAAAGUGUCAAGAGUUCCAAAAAAAUUGGAUUAUGUUUUUCAAGCAGGGUGAUCUUAUUUCACAAAUGGAUGGAAGUAUAGCACGAAAAAAACCGUUCCGAUGACAGAUCCAUCCUGACCGGGAAAUAUACGUCGGUUUUUGCUCUUGGUAUUCGUUUUUUAUCAGUAUAAAUUAUGCUUGUAAUAGAUUUUAUCUACUCUAUAGAUUUUAUCUACUUUAUCUAGAUUAUUGAGGUUAUUCGAUUUAGAUAACAUAAAGCAUGCAUAUUGCAUAUAUUUUUUGUCGUUAAUGUUGCAGUAACAUGGUCAUCCAUGCUUUGUGUCAAGCUGUUUCCUAUUUUCCCUCAGGUUCACGUGAGCUCUUCUUUUCCCGUUGCAAGUCAUUGCAGUGUAUUUGCUCUGAGUGACUCCGAAGAUUCUGACCUGCGGCAGCAAUGCAAACACAACCAUGACGAGCUCUGUGACCAAUGUGAAAGCUUGCAUGCGACCCUGAACGACAUAUCUACUGCGGUCGAUGAAGCAUCUUUUACCACAGAAGAAGACAAAGACGAAGCUUUGUUUCUCGUUAGCUCUGCUACACUUGCCAUCCAGUCAUGGAAGUGCCAUUUGCUGAGGUCGACCCAUCAAGAUCAGGCUCGUUUGGACGUCAUCGAUGCCCUUAAUUCUGGAACAGUAUUCAUUGUAAAUGACUGGGCCAUGAAGUUCUUGCCUCAGAGAUACCGCGAGUCACAGAAAGACUGCUUUGGUAAGCGGAGUAUUUCUUGGCACAUAUCUGUGGUAUACAGACGGAUACAGGGUGUGCUACAGUGGCAAGCCUUUAUCCAUGUGAUUCAGUCCUGUACCCAAAGAAGUUCUGCUGUUACCGCGAUUAUGCAACAUGUUCUAGCCACAUUGAAGCAAGAGUAUCCUGAAACAAGGCCUACUUCAGGCAAGAUAAAGCCGGCUGUUACCACUCCUUCCGCACGUUAA